AUUAUAUAAUUUUGAAAAAAUAUCAUAGAUGGAUUAAGCAAAAUGUCCAUAUUAACGUUUUAUACGACAUUUAAUGUGCCUCAGAGUGAUUAUUAUUGUGUUAUUAUUAUUAAUAUGGCAUCUUCAUGACUAAUAACACUCUUAAUGAUUUUAAUGUGUUCCUGCAUGCCAGCACAGGUGCAAGUUGUGGAAUUUAAAGCCUAUCUUCUGGAAGGUGAAGCUGGCAUGUGGAUUAAUGGUGGAAGACUAGCCGACUGAGCUACACGAGGCAAGAAACAGAUGUUCAUUCCACUAUGCAGACAGCAUUAAGAAAUAUACUCAUAUUAGUAUGAGUGUCCUUGGCACUGUCUGCCUCAUAUUGGUGUGAGAAAUAUCAUUGGCAUUAACUGAUGUGAGGGUGUAUCCUUGGCAUUCUUGUAAUGGCUAUCAUACAAGUACCUUUGGCACUCUGGCUCAUACUGAUGUGAGUAGUGUUGUUGGCACUGUCUGGCUUGUGCUGCUGUGAGGAGCAUACCUCUCACUUUGGCUCAUACUGGUGAGGAGUAUACUUUGUACUAUCUUGCUCAUAUUAGCAUUAAGAUGUAUCAUGAGGUGUGCCCAAAAGGUAUACUUGCCAAGAUAUCAUUUUAUUGGAACCCUGAGAGUAAUGCAAGACCUUAUAAAAACAACUUCCAAAAGCUCAUUUUUAUAGCAUGCUGAUAAUUUUGCUUCCAGUUUACCACUAUUUUAUUGGUAACCAGCACUAGCUAAGAAUCAAAAGUUCUCUCUCAAGAGAAAUUUGCCACCUCCUUAUGGAUAAGGAUAGUGUUGGUGGGCUGAGACAUGUGGUUAGGGAUGCCCUCCACAUAGUUAGGGAAAGGAUCCUGCAAGAACUAGGACACACACAUGGCUCUGGCACAAAUGAAGUACUGUAUACUAGUGAAGAUAAAAAACAAAAGAUACAAGUGGCAACUGAUACAGACAAAGCCGACAAGAGCAAACCCUACGGAAAUGAGUACAUUGCAAAAUGUAUAUUGGACACUGACUGUCCAGUGGAGGUGAUGGAGAAAGUGGUUUUGCCUUAUGGUGUGAAGGAAGAAGUUGGGGGCACUUGGGUGACUCAGACACUUUCGACGCUCUUGCAUGUUGCAGCUUCGUCUUCUGCAACCUCAACUCUGCCAUCAUCCAGCAGCUCCCUGCCCACCAAUUAUGAUGUCCUUGCUAGUGCUCUUCUUGAUUACACCUGGCAGAAACUCAAUACAGGUCACUGGCAAGAUGUUGCUCUGUCAUGGAGAUGGGUGUUUACAUGGGGCAGUGUAGCUCUGGUGGGUUUCUUGCUACAGCAACUUCAAGCUACCUUGGAUCUCCAGUCAGCUGUACACACAAGUGAUCACCUUACAGCAUCAACUAGAGUGGUGCGGGCAUGUGACCGGGGACUUAUUAUGGGUGCUCCUAUUGAUGAUAACCCUCUCCACUCUACUGCUUCCACCUUAAAUACCUAUGCUCGGCUACCAAUGGUAGCAACUGCUGAGGAUGAUGAGAAAAAUGAAAAGGCUCCCAUAACGCAGCAUGACAUUGCCACUGUGUCAUGCCCAUUGCCCUCAGUCCACUGCCCACCUUUGGAUCGUUUCUUGCUGCAUUAUAUGACCUCUAAAGUGCCCGUCAAGUUGCAAGGUGUAGUGGAUCAUUGGCCUGCUCUUAAGCUGUGGAAUAUAUCUUACCUUCGUCAGAUUGCUGGAGCUCGCACUGUUCCUGUGGAGGUGGGUGCUCGUUACACUGAUUUGACAUGGUCCCAAGCACUAAUGACACUUGAUGACUACCUUACAACAUAUGUGACAAGCCCAACCAGCAACACUCCUAUAGGCUAUCUGGCCCAGCAUCAACUGUUAGAUCAGGUGCCUCAACUGCAAGAAGACAUCUUGGUGCCUGACUACUGCCAUUUGGGUGAGGAGCCUCCCCGCCUGCAUGCCUGGCUGGGACCACGGGGCACAGUUAGUCCACUCCACCAUGAUCCAGACCACAACAUUCUUGUCCAGGUUAGUUAA